AUGGUCGCCACGCUUGCACGACUGGAACACCACGGCUCGUCGAAGGCCCCCACCUUACACCCGGGGGAGCUCACGGCCGAAAUCUUGUGCGACUUCGAGGAUGCGUGUGCGAACUUCUUCAACCGCCACAAGAAGAAGAUCGAGGAGGCAGAUCAGACGAGCGCCAUCCUGGGUGAGCUCCUCGAUUUCCGAAUCCGAGACUGGAUCGCCUGCGACCGAUCGACCAUCGAGGCCCUACCGUUCAAAAACUUUAUGCAGAAGCUGCGCGAACAGUUCCUCGACAAGGACUGGGCUGCCACGCUUCAUACCGAAAUCCUCCACAGUCGCCAGAAGGGAAACGAAACGUUCGCGGACUACAGCAUCCGUGCGAUAAAGAAAAACACGGUGCUGAAGCGCAGCGACGCCGGUCUUGAGCCCCUUCGCCUUAUCCAAGUGCUCGAAGCGGGUAUAGCCGACACGUUGGUCGCCCGGGUCCGCUCACACCAUGACGAACUGGAGGCGUCGAAGAAGCCGGACGUCUUGAAGGAAAAGGGCAUCCACCCCUGGCUCCAGUCGAUGAAGAGGAUCGACGACCAACAGAGGGCGGAGUUUGCCUCGUUCCAGCUGUAUGCGGCGCGGAUCCGCGCGGAAACACGCGGCGGGCAGGCCCUGGGUGAGCCGUCGCGGCGGGGAAACACUGCAUCGGUGAACGCGGUCGUAAAGGAUGUUCCGCCCCGACCCGCGUCGGCCAACCGAGUCGCGCCACUCACCGUCGCAGAGCGCGCCUUGUUGCGAGCGCACGACGGCUGUUACAAGUGCCGAGAGUUUUACGCAGGACACCGUCGGGACGCGUGCCCAAACCCUUGGCCGGACCCAGCCACCUACCGUACCCUGACGGAGAACGACGCUCUGGCGGCCAAACGUGGGCGGAGCCACUCCGCGCCGCCGGCAACGCGUAGAGGCGCACCGGUCGCCGCGGUCGCAUCGUCGUCGCGGGUCGAAGACGUCGAGGACGACGAGAACCUACCCGCACACCCUGUCGCAGCCGUCAUGGGCAUGGGGCGCGUAUCGUACACCCGGUCACCGAGCGUCGAAGACCUGUAUCGACCUGAGGAUGACGACCGUAGCUCGGUACGUCCCACUCCUCACCUGCUCUGGGAUUGUAUGAUCGAUGGCCCGCUCGUUGAUGAACCAUUCCAGGCCCAAGCGCUGAUUGAUAGCGGCUCUCAUACAGUCCUCAUGCGGGAGCCGUUAGUCCGCAAGCUGGGUCUCACGCUGCGUGACUUGCCACAGCCCGAACGUGUGGAGCUGGCCAUGGCGUCCGAAGGAAAGAAAGUGACCGUGUCUCUGUAUCAGUAUGUCAAAUUGUCCGUUUCUCAUCCCUCCUUUCGCUGGAAGUCUCGAACCGUCCGCGCUAUUGUAACACCGGGCCUGUGUGCCGACUUAAUCUUGGGUCUCCCUUUCCUCGUCCGCAAUGAUAUCGUCAUCGAUCACGCCGCACGCACUGUAGUUCCCAAAACCUGUAAUUUCAAUAUCCUGCAUCCCGCGCCCCCUGUACCCACAUCUGUACCUAAGCCUCAGAGUGUACACGCAGGACCAGCGUCCCCGCUUGCCGCCGUGCUCGAGCGAGUGGAAGUGCUCGCUGCGCAGCAUCGUCUAACGGAACUUGGACUUGACAUGAUCUCGAGGAAUAAGGACGUGUUUGAACCGAUCCCGCAUGCGGAACUGUUGCCAUCAGAUGUAUGGUGCCGCAUCCAACUGAAAGAGGCGAACAAGCAGAUUGUGACGAGGACAUACGCCUCGCCACGGAAGUACAAGGAGGCCUGG